CUAGAAUGUUUUGUUGCCAAAGAUUUCCAUGAGGUUGAACGGUCUUACUGUACCUUGGAACAUCCUCUAUCGCAGUUUCAAUGUGGUCUUCUUGCAUAAGCAACCACGAAAUCGUCGGUAUUUCGAUAUACUGCUAAUGGAAGUGCCCGAGCAAGAGCUACCUCCCUCCUACGAGUGGUUCUCGGAACAGAUUGCUGGUCAUCAUCCAUCUGUGAUAAAGAAUGGAAAGCGGGAAAUAGGUAUUCUCAAGAAAAAUGGCAGUGACAAGGUCCUAAAGCCAAAGCAAGAUGGGCUACGCGGAGAGUGCGAGGUCAAUGUCUACAAGUUGGUGGAAAGAGCAUUGCGUCAUGGAACUUCCGGAGAAGUAGAUUACGACGGCCGAGUCGAAAAGCCUAGAGGAUGGGAAAAUGUUAGAGAAGAGGAUCUGAAGGGUUUGAUUGAGUUGACUCCAGCCUUUUAUGGUAUAACAACUCUCUCCAUCGAUAAAGAAGACCAUGAGUUUAUGAUUCUGGAAGAUAUAACAGUUCAUUACAAACGACCUGCUAUUCUUGACAUCAAAAUGGGGAAGAUCACCUAUGACCCAUUUGCAAACAAAGAAAAGCGAGAGAAGGAGUCUGGCAAGUACCCACCACAAAAAAUUCUUGGCUUCCGGUUGUUGGGAUAUCGGAUGCAUCGCAACAAUGGAGAAGUGAUAGUUAAGGAUAAGGAAUGGGGCAAAGCACAUGAUGAACACAACGUCCUUGAUGGCUUACACGAAUUUUUCUCUGGACGGGGGACCGACCCGGCCGUAACAUCUCAAGUGUUAGAAAAGAUGGAUCGGGUCAGAAAAUGGUUUGCUGCCCAAAAGUCAUUUCAAUUCUACGCGUCUUCCUUGUUAUUUGUAUACGAAAAUGAUCCAUCUUUACCGUCAAACGUCCAAAUUGUGAUGAUUGAUUUUUCUCACGUCUUUCCGUCAAAUGACAAAUAUGAUGUCAAUUAUAUUCAUGGCCUUGAGACAUUGUAUAGCAAAUUGCAAGCACUCCACGAUAGCUUCCUAGCAUCAUCGAAGCAAUCUCAUUAGUAUGCUCCGCAUUCCAUAAUAACUUGAUAUGCACUUACACCUAUGUCCUUCUGAUUAUAAAACAUAUUAUGAGCAACAUUUAUUUGAAGAUUCAUGUCAGUAAGUGAAAAGAGAUUAACAAAUAUAUGGG